AUGACGAUUCUCUGCCUCCACGGUGCCUUCGGCAGUGCCGAGAACUUCAAAGUCCAACUCGGCCGGUUCACCGAGGAAAUUGAGAAGUCUAGCUCUGCCACCUUCAGAUGGAUUGACGGGGGGCACGAUGCUAAGCCCCCUACCGGCUUUGACAAUUACUUUGGUCAGCCGCCCCUCUACCGUUUCAUUGACUUCGAUGGCAUCGGGGAGAUGGACGACAUGAUGAGCAAGAUCCGAGACUUCCCCGAAGGCAUAUCGGCCGAGGACACCAUCCGGCGACUAGUGGGCGACAAGGAGAUGUACACCGCCCCCGCUGUGAAAUCCACCCUCAAUAGGAUAUUCCAGAUCUUGGAGGAGGACCCCACGAUCGAUGGCAUCCUUGGCUACUCGGAGGGCGCCAUGACGGCUGCCACGCUCAUUCUCGAAGAGCGCCGCCGCUGGGAAGAGGAGGGCAUUCCUCGGCACAUCAAGUACGGCAUCUUCUUUGCCGGAUGGCCGCCGGUCCGCUUCAACGGCGGCUCAGUGCAAUGCCUCCUCGCCGACGAAUGCGAGGACAUCAUCGACGUGCCCACGUGCCACAUCGUCGGCUGCAACGACCCAUACAUCCACGGCGCCAUGGCGCUCUACAGCAUGUGCGAUGAAGACACCGCCAUGAUGUUUGACCAUGGCAAGGGCCACACCGUGCCGCGGGACGCGCGGACGAUUCAGGAGUUGGCGUCGGUUGUU